CUGUUUCGUUCGAGGUGUUUUCAAAUUCGAAUACCUUUCGUUCGGACUGUUUUGUUUUCGAACAUCUUUCAUUCGAAUCAAACCAAACGUCAAACCCACUUUGUUUAUGAAGGAGUGAAUAAUUUCCGCAGCGGAUGAGCGGUGAACUGCAAAAAUGGAAAAAAACAAAAACAAAACAACCACUAAAAAUCAGUUCGAGCGGAUUGUGCUGCUUCUGGAGCAAGAGCCGGACAUAGCAAAGGGUUUCUCCCGAGGAAAUUCCGGACCCUACUGGGAUGAUCUGGCGGCAGAAGUCAAUAGUUUGGGACCGCCUAUUCGCGAUGGAAGUGGAUGGAAAAAGGUUUGGGCGGACUAUAAGUCCGGAUUAAAGCGAAAACUCGCUCACAACAAACGGGAGCAGAGGGCGACAGGUGGAGGACCCAAUAAAAUUAUCAAUUUGUCCGAGCUGGAGGAGCAGGCAGUUCUACUAACUGGGUUACUUGCGACCGUGGAAGGAAUCCCGGGUACCUCAUCUCAUGGAACACAGUUGGGUUCGCCUUCGGGUGAACCUCAAGCUGCAGACCAGGAAAAUUUUAUAUAUUAUGGUACUUCCGACGAGUGUGACGGUAUCAAUAAUACCAUUCACUUCCAGCCCUCUCAGCCGAAAAAAUCCAGACCUUCUACCACGAGGCUAUUAGAGCUGCAAGUCGAGCAACAAAACAAAUUUCACACCAAUGUGAAAUCCCUGUUAAAAAACACAAACAAGAAUUUGAGUGAUCUGGUUCAUUAUCAGCGCCAAUCAGCUCGAGCGAUUCUUUCCGUGGAUGCCACACUCAAAGAACAUCUGAGUGAACAAAAACGACAUAACCACGAGAUGGAGAAGAUCGCGCUGGAGAAAUCAAUAGCGACAAAUCCUUGAAACGCAGAUUGCGUAUAUUUCAGAACAUUAGAAUAAUGUUUCAAAAUAUCAGUGAUCUGAUUUUUUAUCUUUAUAUUGUAACUCAAGUAUAAAAAAAUGAAAAAAAGUUCUAAUCGUAUUUUUAUAUCUUUCCAUGGAAGAAAAAUCUUACUUAAUUUUUUCUUUGAAGUUUGUUUGGAAUAGCAUCAAAAUUAUAUAAACUUUUUUAAAAUUCACGAAUUUCGCCUAUAGUUUAUGGAACUUCCUUAACCCCUUCACGUACAACAUUGAACUUCACUCGUUGUUUCUCGAUGUGAAAUAAUUACAUAGCUUCAGGCAUAUGAUGAGGAUACCGACAACUGAAGAUUAUAAAAUUUCCGUUAUUUAAAAAAAAAUUGAAUGAGCUAAAAAUAUAAAAUAUAAUUUGAAUAUUAUAAUUAAAAUAAAAACGAACGAGUUAGUACGUAGUAAUAACUCCUUCGUUUUUAUUUUAAACACAACAUGUAUUUGCUCAUCAUAGGGCACCCAUGUUAGAUACCCACACUCAGCAGAGUAGCGGAACGACUCGAAGUGCUCGUUUUGGGCCGUGCUGUUGGAAAUUAAAUCGUACAGCAAGGGGUUAAAACAACGCAAAAAGUAUUAAUAAUGGUUAUUUGAAUACUUGGCCUGCUUACGAGAAAUCGAUAAUGACAUGUUCUCAAAGUGUUGGCAGGAAUAAGAGUAAAUAAUUCUGCCGAAACCAUAGUUAAGUAAGGAAGACACUUCCUUUUCCGGUGGUUGUUAUUUAUUUGAGCAUUUGCAGCAGUUAGAUGAAAUUUAACAGUCAUAAAUAUUAAUUUAAACAAAAGUUUAUUAUGUAAACAGCUGCAUAACAUAUUAUAACUACUGAGAACGACCAAAUUCUAAGCAUAUAUUGUGAAGUGCACAGCAUACAUUUAUAAUUUGAGCGCAUUUAGUAGGAUUGUAGUGAAGUUGUCUCGCGCCAAGGAUGCAUCUAAACCGAUUUUUUAGUAAACCGAUUGUCCGCUCGACGAUAGCACGACC